AUGUCUGAAUCAGAGACCACCAGCCAGACACUCCCUCAGGCGCCUUCGCUAGUCCUCGUGGCGCCCAAGCCUCGUAGACCGAUCGCGCUCGUAGCUCGCAAGCACCACCAUCGUCACACUUCUUCGCAGUCACACUCUCGCUCCUCCCGAACUAUCUCUAGUGCGGUCACCAAGCCUCUUUCGGAAGAGGCGAAAGAUACGGUCGAGCGAGUCACCUCUCCCGCGUCGGCCUCUUCCACCGUGAGAAUGAUCGGUCAUCCCUACCCACGGGCAAAGACGCCGAGCAAUGUCAAUGUCAUCUCAAGCGCGGUCUCGCCCGCAGCUGCUGCGCUCGCCGGCGUCACUGGCUGGCCUCUCGGCCUGGGCAUCUCGCAGGUCUCGCCUCCUCCUCGCGCCAAGGCUUCGUCCCGAGAGGGCAUGGGCUCGCGCCCGCUGUCCCGUCUCUCCUCGAAGGACAGCGGUACCAACCCUUCGUCCCUGAUCCUCGCUACUGCCGAGCCCACGACGAAGCUGGCCUCCGUGCCGGAUGUCGUUGGUGAUAACAUUGCCCUUGACGGGUCUGCGGCCGACCAGACCGAUGAGCCCAUGCUGGCAUCUCCGCCUCUCAAGAAUCGAGCCGCAUCUUCCGACGUCCAGCGUACGCCGACCAGGAACAAGAGCACCGCUCAUCACAACCUCGUGUCGGCAGCCUCGCACCUCAGUGCCCGCUCCGCCCUCGAGGAUGAUCAGGAGCCUCGCUCCACUCCUACCCUUGGUGCUUUGUCUCCUCGUCCUAAGGACAGCACCCAGGGCCUCACACUCUCGCCCACGUCUCCCACCGAGCAGCGCAUCACUGCAGCCGCCUCUGCCAAUGCAGCACGGCUUCCCCUCCCGCUCUCCUCGCCUCCCGCUGUGCCCGCCGCAGUGACCAACAGCGUCGACCAACUCAUCAAAGAGAGCCCUCGCCGCGAAAACACGGCAUCCGUUGCGCCCUCGCCCUGCCUCUCGCAGAGUCACUCGCGCAGUCCCUCUGCCAGCCCCUCUCCCUGCCCGUCUCCCGGCUUCAGCACGCUCCUCGAUACUCACUUGAAUCCUCAAAAGCACGCCGACGAGCCGCGCAAAAUAGCUCUUCCCCUUCCACCCAUGCCGACCUCUCCCAUUCCCCGCAAAAUGACCCGCAACCCGUUCGAACGCUAUCUCAGCGUCCACACUGCUCGCGACGGGACCAGCUGCACCCUGCAUGCUCGAUUCGCCAUGGCUGUUGCUAACAAUGUGCACAAGCCCAGGUCUGUCUUGGAGGCGAUGGAAAGGCAGAUCUCGCGCGAGAUGGCGCAGAUGGACGAGGAGAUGGCUACCGUGGGCAUCUCUCCGGCCAGACCCAAGCUGCUUAGCGUCCAUUCGGGCAGGAGCACCGGAAUGGAUGUCGAGGAGUGA